AUGGCGCCCCAAAUAUGGCUGCCCUCAGAGCGCUCUAGAGGGGCUCAACAGAAAGCCAUCAUUCACUACAUCUGUGGUAACCCAGGCCUCAUCGAAUACUACACCGACUUCCUCAGUCAUGUUCGCGGCCUUUUGGACAAGAUCGAGACAGACACUGCUUAUGAUAUCUACGGCACAAAUUUGCUUGGCUUCAGCGACGAUGACCAUGAGCCAUUCAGUUCAAAAAACAAACCUUGGGAUCUGGAGGGCCAGAUUGAGGGUAUGUAUGAUAUCGUUGCUGCUAAAGGAAAAGGUUACGACUUUGUGAUUCUCAUGGGCCAUUCUGUUGGGUCAUUCAUCACUGUUGAGAUCUUUCAUCGCCAUAUGAAGAAUCCGGAGCGAGCGCCGCAUCUGAAUCUUCGACAUGGAUUUUUGAUAUGUCCGACGCUUACGCACCUCGCUCGGUCGUCCAACGGUGUACAGUUCGAGUUGUUGCGUCGUUUCAUUCCCUUCCUCGACACCGCAGCUUGUUUACUUGCACGUCUUCUCCUCGGCCUCUUAAGUGUCGCAAGCGUGACGUGGGUUGUUCAACGUCUUCUGGGCUUCACGCCCGCGAGCGCAGACAUCACUGCACGAUGGCUGAAGAGCAGAGAUGGCGUGUUGCAGGCAGUUCAUCUUGGCUUGACGGAGCUGGAGAUGAUAACUGAGGAGAAAUGGAACGAUGAUCUAUGGGAUACGACAGGAGAGGAGAAUGGAGUACCAAAGUUCUUUUUGUUCUAUGCCAAGAAAGACCAUUGGAUUCACGAUGCUGAGAGGAAGGGCAUUAUAGAGAAGAGAGGAGAUAAAGCGAGGAUUGUGCAGGAUGAAGGAGAUAUUCCUCACGCUUUUUGCACGAGAGAGGGUAAGUUGAUGAUUGGAACCUUGGAAGUUGCGAGGAGGGUUUCCGGCUGGGUCGAAGAGAUCGAAGCAGCCAAGAAGUGA